AUGGAGAUCAUCUAUCGUUGUCCAGACGAGGCGGGCGUGACUGUCCCGAAUGACGUUCUCCUCCCGGAAUUCGCGCUCGAGAAUGCGUCGCGAUGGGCCGACAGACGCGCGUUCGUCGACGGAGUCACGGGCCGCGCGCUCACGUUCGCUCAGGUGGACGAGCUCGUGUACAACGUGGCUGCUGGCAUCAUCGAUCUCGGCAUCCGUCCCGGCGAGUCCGUCCUACUGCUGCUCCCCAACAUGCCAGAGUACGUGGUGCUCUUCCUCGGGAUCAUCGCAGCGGGUGCAGUGGUAACCACCGCCAACCCCGCCUACAGCGCUCGCGAGCUGGCACACCAGAUGGUGGACGCAGGGGCACGCAUGGUCAUCACGUCGCCAGAGCUGCUAGAGAAGGUGCAUCACGUCAAGACAGGCCAGUCCAUUGUCUUUGUCGUCAUCAAUAAUGAUAGCAGCAGCAGCAGCUCCAACCCCCCGGGCACCAUGAGCAUCGACCGCUUGCUCCAUGGCAACGGGUCCAAGAUCCGAUCACAGCGACAACACCUUCACACGACCCAUCAGCAACAGCAACACCACCCCUCUGUCACAGCACCAAAAGCACCACCAACAGCAGCAGUGGUACCCUCCCAGCACGACACGUGCGCACUGCCCUACUCAUCAGGCACUACGGGCGUGUCUAAAGGCGUCAUGCUCUCCCACCGCAACCUCAUAGCCAACGUACAGCAGCUGCUGGCGGGGACUAACCCGCGACUGGACCUGUGUGGGGAGGACGUGGUGCUGGGGCUGCUGCCCAUGUUCCACAUCUACGCCAUCACCCUCGUCAACCUCCUCUCCCUCCGUGGGGGGGCCUGUGUCGUCACCCUCCCCAGGUUCGACCUGCACCAGUACCUGCGAACACUGCAGGAAUACAAAAUAACCGUCGCGCCCAUCGUGCCGCCCAUCAUCCUAGCCAUGGCCAAGCUGCCCCUCGUCGACUCCUUUGACCUCUCCUCGCUGCGCCGGGUCGUGUCAGGCGCGGCUCCCCUGGGGGCGGAGCUUGAGACCGCCUUCAGAGCAAAGUUUCCCACCGUGCAGCUGGGGCAGGGCUAUGGCAUGACAGAGGCCUCACCCACCGUCACUGCCUCGCGCCUCUUUGCCCGCGUGCCCCACCCACCCGCUCCCGGGUCGUGUGGGUCAGUGUUGCCGCUGACGGAGGUGAAGGUGGUGCACACGGGCACGGGGGAGUCGCUGCCGCCGAAUGAGAGAGGGGAGCUCUGGGUGCGAGGGCCACAGGUCAUGAAAGGCUAUCUGAACAAUCCCGAGGCGACAGCAGCCACAAUCACGCCGGACGGCUGGCUGCGCACGGGGGACGUGGCAUAUGUGGACAAGAUGGGGGAGAUCUUUGUGGUGGACAGGGUCAAAGAGCUCAUCAAAGUGAAAGGCUUUCAGGUGCCUCCUGCGGAGCUGGAGGGCCUGCUCAUUGCCCAUCCCGACAUUGCAGAUGCUGCAGUUGUUCCUGCCCCAAGUGAAGAGAGUGGGGAGGUGCCGGUGGCAUUUGUUGUGUUAAGUCAAGGUGGUGCCAAGCUUGCGGUGCUCAACCUCACUGAUCCUGUGGUCUUCACACUCCUUGACGCCCGUGGUGUAGCUGUUUGCAAGACUUCUCUGUCUGUACCUUCCGUGGUGGAAAAAGGCUUUCGUGAUGACAUGCUUCCAUGGAGCAACGGAGGCCAAGUGCAUGUCAAGUCCAACUUCAUGCUCAGUGAUGAGGAACGAGCCAAGAUUGCGGCUAUGCGUGCCAGAUCGAUGAGCAAGCGCAAGGAUGGCAGCAGCAGCGGCACUGUGACUCCCAUCGCCAGUGGCACCGUGACACCCCACACUGUCAGUGCAGUGCUCGCCUCUCCCGUUGCGUCCACUGCUCCAGCAGCCUCCAAGGCUUCAACAGCGACCGAAACAGCAGCAGCGAGCACCACAGAGGUGACUGCUGCCACUACAACAACAACAACGACGACCGCCACCGUCACUACUAGCACAACUGCGACAACUGAAACCGCUGCAGCCGCCACAGUCACAGCGUCUACAGCGACCAGUACCGUUUCAGCUGCAGCCCAGAAGGAAAGCGUGGCUGUGACUACAGCGCUUGCAGGGAGUGCAGCUGCUGGGGCUCCUGUGGAUAUGUCCAACGUGAUGCUGGUGUUUGAUGGCAGUGAUGACGAGUCUGGCUAUACUGAGUCGUCUCUAGAAGAGUCUGUCAGUGCGCAGGUUGCUCCUGCUGCACCUGUCGCUGCAGCUGUUGUCCCUGCUGCUGCCUCGCCUGUGGUUUCCACUGGUGUCCCGGAUUCUGUUCCUGAGGUUGUUGCUGCUUCGGUUUCUCAAGCUGCUCAGGUGGUGCAGGUUCAGGGUCCUGACUCGAUUGCAACUGCAACAGUAGAGGUGGUGAAAGAGGUGCAGAAGGAGGUUCAGGCCACAUCAGCACAGCAAAUGGCAUCAGCGACCACCACCAAGACUGACGUCACCAUCAUCAAGACCGCCACGCAGGUCGCCAGUGAAGCCACAACCAUGACAUCAGCAAAGGUUGCCUCAGUUUCAACCUCAACCAAGGCUGCCGCCUCAGCAGCAGCCGCAUCUGCAGGGGCUUCCGUGCAGGCCACUAUGAGCAGCACGACAGGCAGGGCGAGCGAGCAGUCUACUGUGCGAGGAGGCGGUGGCGGUGCUGCUGACCUCAAUGGCCGUGUUGGCAGCAGCAGCCGACAGCCAGCGAUGGCAGACAGCGAAGCCGCAGAGAGCAGCUGGGAGAGCGGGGAUGAGGUGGAGAGCAUGGAAGGGUCGUCAGUAUCAGGGAUGACGGACAGGCAGGUGGUUAAGAGGGGCAGGGGGUUGUCUGGCAAGGGGCGGAAUCGCAAUGGAGGGCUGCUGGGGCAGGUGUUGCGGGUUGGCGAUGGGCUCACGCCGGUGAUGAAGCAGGUGCUGGGGACGGGCGCGUUCAUGCUGGCUAUGGUUGCGCUCUGGCCGCGCCCACAGAAGCAGAGCCGAGUCCAGCUGGAAACUGAUGCUGAUGGCAAGGUGUGGGUGGUGAAGCCGGGCGAAACUCUCAGCUCUAUCCUCCCGCGCGAAGUCUACUGCAAUCCCUCCUCAAAGUUCUUUGAGCUCAACCCAGAG